AUGGAUCAAGAUGAAUAUAAAAUUAUAAAGAACAAUUCAGACGAGAGCGACGACAAUGACAGCGCAGAGGAUGAAGUCCCAGAUUACCGCCAGUUGGCUAGCUUUACAAACAGGAAAUCAAAGGAAACCUAUAUUCCACGCAGGGGUGAAAAGGAAUUCGAACCUACUGGUUUGAAGAUACAGCAGAAAGCUUUAGAUGAGUCACGCGAAGCUAUGUUUAGCGCUAUAGAUGGUGUACGUCAAUCCUCGAACAAAAACAUCAGUAUCGGUCUUUGGUCGAAUAGCCAAAGCAGGGCGAGUAUCAUCAUACAGAGGGGUACACAUUUCUCGUCUAUUGGCCAUCCAGUACGCAAUACUCCUGCAAAAUUCGAAGGAAAUGCUCAGAAGGUCGCCUCAGAAACUAGACUUGAAUUAUUACCAGAGGAGGCUUUAUAUAUGGUUGAAAGAGGUUCACUCAUGUGUUACGAAUACGAAUGGUCUGACAGGAAUGACAAAAUGCUAAAAGUAUCUACAAAUGAUAGCGAAGUUGACACACGUUUUUCAAACCUCCCUCCCUUCUCAGCACAAAGGGCUUUCGAUUGCUGUAUUGGAAAGGAUGGGUUAACACUGGAGAAAUACACUAUUUACGCACAGCUCAAAAGACUUGGUUAUAUCGUCAAGAGAGCUGAACAGACUGAGACAAACAUUGUAAGAAGAGGAAGCAUUUUAGGCAACCUCUGGAAAUCUCUACAAGGAGUUUUUAAAGCUUUAUUGUCACCUUUCGCAGCUUUGGUACGCUUAUUUAGUCUCAGGUUUGGUUCAUUGCUACGUUCGCGUUCGUGUCUUCUUACACCACACCAAGAUUACGACUCCAUUUUCAAGUCUCUCAGGUUGAUUCCAUCUGGAUAUAGCAAAGCUCACGAAAGUAGCGCAAAAUUAGAUCAAGACGAACAGCACGAGUUUGACGUUACGUGGCACGUUUGGAGACCAGCGACAAAGUUUAAAAAGAGUUCACCACCACCACCUGAUUUCAGGAUCGUCGUUGUAGAUGCUCAAAAGUCGUCGUUACCAAGUAUGCACCAGUUCGCCCAUAUGUUCAGCCAGCAACCAUACUCUGCACCACCAAUGACGCGCAAGCAGAAGCUUCAACGUGAAAAACAAAGCAAAGAGGGUAAGGGAGAGGAUACACCACAAACAACUUGGCUCUGGAGAUGGUGGAAUAGGAAACAAUUGGCGGCUGACGAAGCAAAGAGGAAUAAGGAUCCAGCUGUCAUGUUCCCUGCACUCAAGUAUGGUAAGAGAGCUGUCGUCUUAGCAAUCGUAGAUUCUGGAACUACAUCUUGGAUACAGUUUGGAGAAGGACAGUUUGGAGAUUUCCCAUUAUACUAGAAAAACAAUAUUGCAUUUAUUGUAUUUAUUUGGACUGCAUGUAAUUAGAUAAUAAAAA